AUGAUCAGCUUCAUCACCGCCGCUCUCGCCCUCGCCGGCUCCGCCGUCGCCCUGCCCACCGCCAGGGCCGCCAACGCCACCGUCGACGUCUUUGGCAUCUUGGCUCUCCGCUCCGCCAGCCCCAUCCACUACGGCAGCGUCUCUGCCUCGAUCGGCAACCUGUUCAUCAACCGCGCCCAGGACGCCGAGUGCGCCAGCAACAUCUCGAGCGCCGAGUUCUACAUCAAGGACGGUGGUCUCUUCCUCUACGGUGAUGGCUUCUCCAACGAGACUCAGCAGGUUUACGUCGACCGUUCCGGCAUGGGCCAGGGCAACGUCGGAUACGUCACCUCCAACACCCCCGCUCCCCGCAGCGGCGAGCUCACCGGCUGGUCAUUCAACAGCACCGGUGGCAACCGGUACCUCCAGUUUGACGGUGCCAGCCUGCUCGCCUGCCCCAGCAUCGACAACUCCUACGCCCUCUGGGUCGACGUCGGCGUCGCCGCCCCCGGCGGAAGCACCGAAUGCCUCGGCUUCAAGGCCCUGGCCGCCGACAUUGCCAAGCCCGUCCCCUGCAAGUACAGC